AUGGCUACAACAGCAAUGCAAAAGGCAAACCGCCUCUGGUCAGUGUUCCAGGAAGGCCGCCAGGCGAUGGGCAUGUGGCAGAUGAUUCCUGGAGCAAAUGUAUCGCGCGCAUUGGCUAGAACCGGUGUUGAUUGGAUCAUGGUUGACUGCGAGCAUGGAAACAUGGACGACCGUGCCAUGCAUGAUGCUGUCCCUGCCAUCGCCGCUGCUGGAGUUUCCCCGAUUGUUAGACUCCCAGAUAUGCAGUCUUGGAUGGUCAAGAGAGCGCUAGACAGUGGUGCACAUGGCAUUCUUGUACCACUUCUUCGAAAUGUCGAAGAGGCAAAGGAGCUGGUACAAAGCGCAAAGUUCCCUCCCCUCGGUAAACGAGGGUUUGGUUCGCCUCUUGCAAUGGAGCGAUUCAACCCUAUCCCAUCAAUGACUGAGUACCUGCAGCAAGCCAACGGCUCUCUACUUACCAUGGUCCAAAUUGAGACCAAAGAAGCCCUUGAUGCUGUUGAUGCUAUUGCUGCUGUGGAUGGCAUUGACGUCCUCUUCAUCGGCCCCUUUGACUUGGGUAAUAAUAUUGGCCAUCCAAUCAUCACUGGGUCUAUGGAUCCUGAGCUGAAAGAAGCCAUUGCCCGAAUUCUUGAGGCCACGCGUAAGGCCGGUAAGAAGUGUGGUAUCUACUGCUCAACCGGUGAGCAGGCCAAGGUUUGUGCCGACCAGGGCUUUGAUAUGAUCAACGUUGCAACAGACUUUACGUCUUUGACGGCAAUUGCGUCUCACGAAUUGAGUGUGGCUAAGAACCAGACUGUUCCCGGACGAGGUUUGUCGUACUAG